AUGAAAACUAGAAGCCAAAGGGAAAGAAAGGUUGUUCCUCAUUAUUCAAGUGGAAUUGUCAAAGGGACUGAGUUAUUUCAAGGAAGGGGUAUUCCUCUUGGGAGCUCUAAACGUAUUAAAGAAGGUAUAGAUAAUUUAUCAUUAGAUUCUCUAGUUUUACUUCAUAGAUUAAUGUAUCACAAACAAGGUGAAGACUCAGAACGAUUAGAUGACAUCCUCUUGUUCAGUGGAUUUAAAGACAUUAAACAAAGAGAAGCAGCAAUUAGAAUAGCUCAAAGAGUUAGUGAAGAUAAUAUCAAACCAUUAUGUAAAUUAUUUGACAUAGAAAAUGAAGAAAAGGAUGAUAUGGUCAAAGAGCUAUCUGACUUUCUUUUUGCCCCAAAACUUUUGAAAAGAGAUUUUAAAUUAAAUUAUAUAGAAACAAUGGACGAAAGUGAGGACAAUGAAGAGAACCUCCGUAAAAUAGAAGAAAUGCUUGCCUCCCCUGAAGAAGAAGAGGCUUAUACCCCCGAAGAGGUAUCUGAAGAAGAGGAUAGUGCUGAUGAUAAAAAAACAACUAAAAAGCAAUCGAUUCAUAAAAAAGAACAAAACGAAAACAAAGUAAAACAAAAUAAAAAUAAAAAAGAACAAAAUUUAACAAAAGAGAAGAAACCGUAUCCCACAAUUUCUCAUAAAAAAGAAACCAAGAAAAAAAAUAAAAAGAAAGCAAAGUAA